UCAAGCCGAGGGGGCGGAGAGGGACUCCUCCUCCUCCGAUCCGUCGGUCUGGGAGUGGCAGCGCUGGUGCAGCCCCGGCCAAGUGCAGAGCUGUCAGCCCCGAGCCCGGAGCCCUGAAGAGACUGAGACAGACGGCCCCUCCUCCGCGGCGUGCGAGCGGCUGGGGCUGGCGGCGCGCACCGACCGGGCUGCUGAGAAGCCGCCGGGGACAACGCGGCCCUCCUGCCAGGUGGGCUGCUCCAGCGCUGUGCGCUGCAGGCUGCCAGACCGCGACAGGCAAAGGACCCGGGAGACUGGCCCGGCCACCGCCGAGGCUGAGGGCUCUCGCUCUGCCUCCACUGCUCAAGCCGUGCAGAACUGAAUCCAUUCUGAAUGCCUCCGACACCUGUUAACUUUUAAAAAUAGAUGCCUUUGGAAAGGGAUUGAGGAGACUGAAGAAGGCAGAAGAGAGGCUGAUGGGCUCAGUCGGCAGACUGCAGUGUCUAACCAUGACUGCUGAAAAUCCGACGCCUGCAGACCUGGCGUUGGCUCCCCUCGUCACUUGCAAACUCUGCCUGUGCGAACAGUCCCUGGACAAGAUGACCACACUCCAGGAAUGCCGGUGCAUCUUCUGCACAGCUUGCCUGAAACAGUAUAUGCAGUUGGCAAUCCGAGAAGGAUGUGGGUCUCCUAUCACUUGUCCUGACGUGGUGUGCCUGAACCAGGGGACCCUGCAGGAAGCUGAGAUUGCCUGUUUGGUGCCCGUGGAUCAGUUUCAGCUUUAUCAGCGGUUAAAAUUUGAACGAGAAGUUCACCUGGACCCCUACCGGACAUGGUGCCCUGUUGCGGACUGCCAGACCGUGUGUCCCAUUGCAUCAGGUGACCCAGGACAGCCUGUGCUGGUGGAAUGCCCUUCUUGCCACCUGAAAUUUUGCUCCUGUUGCAAGGAUGCUUGGCAUGCAGAUGUCGCCUGUAGAGACAGUCAACCUAUUGUCCUGCCAACAGAGCAUGGAGCCCUCUUUGGGACAGAUGCGGAAGCCCCCAUUAAGCAAUGCCCAGUCUGCCGGGUUUAUAUCGAACGCAACGAAGGCUGUGCUCAGAUGAUGUGCAAGAACUGCAAGCACACAUUCUGCUGGUAUUGUCUCCAGAACCUGGACAAUGACAUUUUCCUCAGACAUUAUGACAAAGGGCCAUGCAGGAAUAAACUCGGUCACUCGAGAGCAUCAGUGAUGUGGAACCGAACACAGGUGGUGGGGAUUCUCGUAGGAUUGGGCAUCAUUGCCUUGGUGACUUCACCCUUGUUACUCCUGGCCUCACCCUGCAUCAUCUGUUGCGUCUGCAAGUCAUGUCGGGGCAAGAAGAAAAAGCACGACCUGUCCACAACCUAAGGAUCUCUAUUAUGUCCAUGUGCCACAAAUGUCUGCGUUAUAUGACAUAGCACACAGCGAUAAAGCCCUACGUAGUGACCUUGUCUCCUUGCCAAACUUUGGAAGUGCCUCUGUGUCCAGACUUUGAACUUGCCUGCCAGCCUUCGGCAUUGACAAAGGCCAAGUCCUGGGUGCAAGUGUUCCGUGUAACAAGAACCAGGCUCUACAGUUCAGGCUGUGUCUGUGGAGCAUGUUGGGCACUUUGGGGAGAUUGGGAAGAACACACAUAUCAUUUUCUCAUCUACAGGAUCCCACUGAACUGUUCAACUUCCAGCCAAUUCAAGGAGCCUGCCAUUCGAUGUAAUAAAUGAGUUGUGGUUGGUAACACAUAUGAUAACAGAAACCCCAUUCUCUUCUGUCUUGAUUUGACCACCAUGAGACACCUGAGGGAAGCCUGGUGUAGGAGGGGAAGGAUGGACUGCAGAACAGAGAAUUUUCAUGAGAGCUGGAAGCAGCCUGCUUAUCUUAGGAGUCAAUGGCUUUGUGCUACUGGCUGUGCCGUUCCCAGCGUUCCCGCAGUGACCUGGCAGAAGCACAAUAGCUUUCUCCUUGUCUGAUCUCAGCUUCAGGCAGGAGAAACUGCUGUGCAAGAGGGUGUUGUCUUUUCCUCAGUAAUCAGGUUGCAGCAUGUGAAACAGCAUGGUCUAAUUUAGGGUCUCUCCCUCAGCGAAAAAGAACUUUCCUGGGGCCAACUUGUCUUUUACAGCCUGGACUUGUGGUCUACAAAAUUGCUUUAUAUGAAAUGUGGAUCUAGUGGUAAAGACUCAAAAUCUCCCUGAUAGAUACCAGGGGUCUUUCUCAGGCUCUGUGUUCCCAACAGAUCUGAAAUUAGACUUAAAAGUGUACCACGAAAAUACAUGUUAAAGUCCAUCUGGAAUCCAUAUGACUUGCAGCCUAUCUAGAAUUUCUACCAAUUGGACCUGCAUGGAUAUACUCAAUAAUAAACACAAAUUCAUUCUAUCCUGUGACUAAAAUAGCUUAAUAUAAAUCAAGCUUAAGAUAUUUUGCAUAUUAUAUAUGUGAAUUUUGGUUGCAAGUUCGUAUCUUACCCAAGGGUAUAGACUCAGAAAUAUUAAUCUUUUAAAAUAGUACCUAGAACAAUAUCAUAGUAUGUCUAUUUAUAAAAAUAUUCAUUGAUAAUCAAGUUAUUUACAUGUUUUCAUACAUAAGUCAGAGCAGCUCUGUUCUUGAUAAUUUAGUGCUGUGUGUACAGGCACUGAUAAAACAACAAAAAUGUUUAACAAAUAAAAUGAAAAUGUUUUAUAUCUCUUAAACAGUUUUGAUUUAUAUCACCUCAUUUGUGACUUAUUUUUCCCAUUAGACCAUUAGUCAGACUUGAAUAGAUGGGUGUUGAAGAGGCAAAACCUUUUUCUCCAAUAACAGGAUUGUAUAAUGGUCAUUAGCAUUGUGCCCGGUGCUUCAUGAGAACUGUACUAAAUGUUAACAGGGAGCUUUGAAGCCAGGCUAUCCUAUCAGGAAUCUUCAGGAUCUAUGAUACUGUCUGAGAUAACUGGGUAACUGGAUUACUCAGAUGCUGCUAUCCUGUACCUGUUAUUAAAGGCUGAUGCUAUGCCUCUGUAAUGGGAGUUUCCCAAGUGAGGAUAUGUCUAUUUAUGGAACUUCCAUUCGCACGUAUUCAUUGAUAUCUGAUGUAUGUGAACCUAGAUGAGAACUCUGGGAAAACUUUUGAAUGACAGCCAACCCAAAUCAUUUUUAAUCAUUUAUUAGAAAUUUCUCAAUAAUUGUCUGUUUUUAAAUUUCUAAACACUUCAGAAAAAGAAACCCUUGCUCUAUCAGAGUAUUUCAUAUUGGGAUACACAUAAAUGUAAAUAUAUUUAAAGUGUGAAUUUGUUUUGUCUUACACGUAGCCUACUGCCUCAGUAUAGGUAAAAGGCGUUGAUAAUUGCUCAGGGGAUCACAGGAACUCAACUGAAAUUGAAUUUUUAUAACAAGAAUGUCCAUAGUGGCAAUGUCCUCUUCUGUUAGUAAAAUCUCUCUCGUGCACUAAGAAUUUUUAAAUGGGGACUGAUUUCAAGUCACCAAAAAUGCUGUAUGCUCAGUGGAAGAGCUCCUAAAGUUGGAUUAAAAGGUGGAAGAAAAUACCUGUGCUAUUUCCUUGGUAAACCUGAAGGAAUUUGUCUUCUCACAGAAAUAUUACAACGGAAUGAGCUACUUUUUUAGCCAGGGCUCAAGAGCGGGGUUUGUUUGUCAAACUGAUUUGAAAUAACUGGAUUUGAUUUUUUUCAAUGUUGAAAAAUGCCUAAAAAAUAGAGACUUCUUCCUUAAAUAGCUAAGUGUGUGUGAGGUUUUCAGAAGCAACUGGCACAGGUUGGUAGGUUAAACACAGACAUCUCUGGUGCAUCAAAGGGGGUGAUACAAGCCAAUCUGGAGACUUUGUUUACCAAGGAGUGAGCUGACAACUUGGUUAGCAGGGGCUGGUGUUUUCCUGUUAGGUAACUGACCAGUGAAAGGGUUUGACCUUGACUCCUUCCUCUGUCUGCCAGCUUUAUCCUUUCCUAGCGAUUUUCUUUCUGUCUAAGAAAGAAAUAUGGACUUACCUAAGAAUGUUAGAUGCUGUGACACAGCCUUUUUUGUGUGUGUUUAGAGUAGUACAAUCCAUUUGAGAUAGAAAUUUAAAAAAAAAAAAUCCAUCGCUAAAAUGUAAUCUGGAUGUAAUAACCUACCAUCCAGAAAAAUUACAGGAUAUAAUGGCAUAACAUUUAGCCAGUGCCCCUUCUAGGAAUUCUUCUCUUGUCAUUAGACAGGGGAGUGGGAAGGCAGGCCAUGUGGAAGCGUAUGUUAGAAUCUUCGGCGUUCUAUUUGUACCUGCUCUGGGUAUUUGCUUUGGACUUGAAAUCUGUACUUUGAAAGAGGCCUUUGAGAAACACGUAGUCCACAGUGUGAAUUUUCUUGUAGCCUGCAUCACAAAAACAUUAGCUAUCCAGGUUGGAAAAUCUACAUGUUUAUUUGAUUGUAAAUCACUAUUUCUUCAAACCCCAAAGUUUCUCUUAAAAAUCAUUCUGAACCUAAAUCUGAAUUACCUUUUAGCCUCCCCUACAUGGUUCUUCUAGAAUAUUUUUCUUUUUGUUCACGAAUGGAUGCCUUCAUGUGCGUAGAAUUAUGUGUACAUGUAUAGUAGCUUCAAGGAUAAUUUCAGAAUGCCUUCAAUGAAUGACAUUUUAUAAAGAUGUCACAAUCGAGAUCCAUAGACUGUUACAUCUCAUGUUGAUUCAUGAUCCAGGAAGUUUUGUUAUGUUAUUAAGAAAUUGCUAUUGUAUUAUUUUUUUUUCAAUUUUUUUGGGGGGGGAAGAAACCUGUUUUAGUCUCUCUGGCCCCAAUAAAUGUGAGCAGGAAAUCA